UUGAUUUGCUUUGGUUCAUUUUUGGCAAACUGAUUCAUGAGAUUAUUUGGUAUUGUCUUUAGUGCUGCAGUAGAUUCAGAAACACACGAAGAAAUUGCAAUCAAGAAGAUAGGGAAAGCCUUUGACAACAAAGUAGAUGCUAAGCGGACAUUGAGAGAGAUUAAGCUGCUUCGUCAUUUGGAACAUGAGAACGUUGUUGUUAUAAAAGAUAUCAUCAGACCAGCAAAGAAGGAAGAUUUCGUAGAUGUUUAUAUAGUUUUUGAGUUAAUGGAUACUGAUCUUCAUCAGAUUAUUCGAUCAGACCAAUCUUUAAAUGAUGAUCAUUGUCAGUACUUCUUGUAUCAGAUUCUUCGUGGACUCAAAUAUAUUCAUUCAGCUAAUGUCUUGCAUCGUGACCUUAAACCGAGUAAUUUGCUUCUGAAUUCGAAUUGUGAUCUUAAGAUUACGGAUUUUGGUUUAGCAAGGACGACAUCUGAAACAGAGUUAAUGACAGAGUAUGUUGUUACUCGAUGGUAUCGAGCACCAGAGCUGCUUCUUAAUAGUUCUGAGUACACAUAUGCGAUUGAUGUUUGGUCUGUUGGUUGUAUAUUUGCUGAGAUUAUGACAAGGGAGCCUCUAUUCCCAGGGAAAGACUACGUUCAUCAGCUUAAACUU